UUACACCAAGCAACAACCAGUCAAGAACAGCAGAAAACCAACUCACACAUACUUGCUCCCAGUGCUGAGGAGCAACAUAUCAACAAGAAGUGCAGAAACAAUGAGACCAGGGGCAGGUUUCAAUGCGACGGCGGCAGCAACGAAGGCUGCGGUAGCCCCUCUGGCCGCCGGCGCCGCGCACUCCGCGUGGCACUCGCCGGUGCCGUACCUCUUCGGUGGCCUGGCCGCGAUGCUCGGACUCAUCGCCUUCGCCCUUCUCAUCCUCGCCUGCUCGUACUGGAAGCUGUCCGGGUACCUGGAGGGCAGCGCCGGCCGCGGCCACGACGAAGGUUCCGCCACCGACGGCGCCAAGCUGGUGGCCUCGGACCAGGCGCCAGCAGCGUGGGAGGAGAAAGUACUGGUGGUCAUGGCCGGGGACGUGGAGCCGACGUACCUGGCCACGCCCAUGUCAAGCAGAGACCGUAGCAGCAAGGGAGAAGAGGAGGAGAAGAAGGUGUCUGUGGUCGCCAUGGCUAGCAUCAAGGAUGCUGGUAAUGGUGAGCGCAGUCGGAACCAGAUGGAGAGCGUAACCCCGAGCCAUGUUUUUCGUGGGGUUCUUCAAUUUUUGCAAUGACCAACUGGACUAGAUCAGCAAUCAAGGUUAUGUUUUGUGGAAUUACGGCAUGAGAAAUGCAGGUUUUGAUAAGCUUUUUGUCACCUGAGAAAUAGUUGGUGCUCUGUUUCCUUUCCUUUUGUUUUCUUGCUCUGAGUAAUGGAAAUGAGCAUAUUUUUCUUCUUUCUCCCCAUGCUCUCUAUCGUGGCCAAUAGGCCCCGUGUGUGUGUGGAGGAAUCAGCAGGUAGGGCACACACAUGGCAUGUACUACGUAUGAGUAAACCAAAGGCAAAGUGGAUGGGAAUGAAUCGUUCGUUUCAGGCAGGACAGGACGCGGUGCGUCGAUGGGCAUACUUCUCAUGAUUGCGAAUAUAUGAUGUGAUCAGAGGGAUACUCUCAGGAGAGGAGACUUGCUUGAGCUGCUUGUUUCCUUGUGGGCUUGUGGCCAAUAUUGUUUCCAGGAUAUCCAGAGUCAGCCAAACCUGGGAGACAGGGUGUAGUGAGCAGAUUCUUGAAGACGAUGUAAGACAUCCUCCAUGAUGUGAACUGUUGACCUGCACGUAUCACUAGGAGUCUAUAGGAUGAAUGUAUGCUGCUAUCACCAAGGGUAUAAUUAGUGCUUGGAACGGUAGCAUGGUGACCAGACCAAACCACGUCUACAGAAGUUUGAAACGGCCGCCGGUGGCCGGAGGUAUGCUGAUUCAGCCGGCUCCACAAACCCUUCUUAUACGCCCCGGCAGACAGCC